GGAAGUGUGGGAAGUGGCGGGAUGGGAAUGGGCGGAAUGGGUACAGGAGGAGCCAGUGCAAGUGGAAGCGGAAUGCCGAGUCCGUUCUCUGUGUCUAUGAGUGGUUCUGGGCCGGGUGGAAUGACCAGUGGAGGUGGUGGUAAAGGCGCUGAAGGCGGAAUGCCAUUUAGUCCAUUUUCUUCGGCCAUGUCAGGCGCUGGAUCUGGUAAAGGCAUUGGAGGUUCGACUAGAGCUGGCAUGGGCGGAGUAGGUGUAAUGGGUUCUACUAUGGGUACUGAAAAUGCAGUGUCGGCAGCGGCUUACAAUAAGGACUGUGUGGGUGCGGAAUGCUCUGCUAAAAACAGAAUACAACAUAGAGAAUGUCCAGAUUUGGUUCACUGUCUAAUCACGUGUGACGGUAGCUACAUGCUCGGACAGCUGGACGAUGCAGGGUGUCAAACCUGUUCGUGCACGACGUGAAUAAUUUCGUAGACAAGUCAAAACGGUUAACCAAGACAGCAUUUAUCUUCAUUUUGCUAGAAAAUUACAACACUUUGCCGCCUUAGUUUCUUUAUU